CACGUAGCCUUCGCGCCGUACGGUAUCGCGAGACGUACCCUGACGCGCACCGCCGCGAGUCCAUGUGAGCGACCGACAGUUCUCUUGUUGUGUACCGUGAACGAAGGAUCGGCAAGCUGUACGCGCCGCAGGAAGACGACAUGUUGACGAUGGAGACGGAUCUCAAAGGCGGCAGCCUGCAUGCCACGGUGCCGCCGCAUCACGCGCUCCAGCACGGCUACGGCUCGCUGGGCGCGCUCGGGGGCAUGAUGGCGCUGCCGCAGCAGCAGCCCCUCAGCCAGCACCAGCCGCUGCAACACCACCAGCACCAGCCGCUGCCUCAGCACCACGCGCAGCCCCAACAACAACACCAUCAACCGCCAAAUAACAACAACAACACCACCAGUAAGAACUCUAACGCAGAACGUGUCAAACGACCGAUGAACGCGUUCAUGGUGUGGUCGCGCGGGCAACGCAGAAAAAUGGCUUCCGACAAUCCCAAAAUGCACAAUUCGGAAAUAUCAAAACGCUUAGGUGCACAGUGGAAAGAUUUAUCUGAAUCUGAGAAGCGACCGUUCAUCGACGAAGCUAAGAGAUUGCGAGCCGUUCACAUGAAGGAACAUCCCGAUUAUAAAUAUAGACCUAGGCGAAAAACGAAGACACUCGCCAAAAAACAAGAAAAAUAUCCGUUAGGAGGUGGAGCGUUAUUGGGUGCCAGUGACGCGCAAAGAACGGCCGCCCCGACGGCGCAACAACCGCGCGAUGUUUAUCAAAUGACUCCAAAUGGUUACAUGCCCAAUGGAUACAUGAUGCACGAUCCUAGUGCAUACCAACAACAGGCAUAUGGAUAUCCCCGUUACGACGUGUCGCAGAUGCAACAAGGCGGGUACGGUGGCGGCUACUACGGAGGUGGCCAAGGAUCACCGUACCUCCCUCAACCGCCCUCGCCCUCCGCUUACGGGCUGGGGCCCGGCUCACCGGGCGGCUACGCGCUGCCGGCAUCUUGCGCCUCUCAUUCACCGAGCGGAUCAUCAGCUAAAUCGGAGCCCGUGUCUCCCGGGCCGCCGGGACUCAAAAGAGAAUUCGUGAGUCACGAGCCGACGGCACAGCUGAAGCGUGAAUACGGGCACGUCCCGCAGGCGCACCCGCACGAGCAGCUGGCAAUGAAGCGCGAGUACGGGCAGCAGGACCUCAGCCACAUCAUCAACAUGUACCACGUGCCCGACGAACAGCGGUACGCGGCGGCGGGCGAGCGCGCCAUGCCGCUCAUCUGAGAAUCACCCUUCGCGUGCGACAUCGACAUCCCGCCGCUAUGAGCGCGCGUCGCACGCCCUCAGUGACUUAUCAAUCGCGUUAGGACAGUGAUCGUUAAACCCAGCCGUACAUACUUCUAGGUAUGUCAAUUUAUUUGUUUUAUAUGUAGCCGGGAACGGCUCCUGUUAGUGUUGCGCGAACUGUUGACUUUAGAUAUCGGUCCGCCGUCGGCCAAACGUUCAAUUUAAUGUUGUUGAUUAAUCUUGUAUUAUAUUACGAUUAUUGUAUUUUUUCAUGGUUUAAGUUAAAAUAUUCUAAGUUGUGUCGUGCGGACGGAAGGCUGCGGAGUGAUAUUUGCAUGAGAGACGAUGUAGUGAAAGAGAUUAUUUGAAUACCAAAAAAAUUUUGAUCAAAUUGUAAAUAUAGUGUUAAAGCUAGAGAAGUUGGAGUUAGUGGAUAAAUCGUAGGUAGAUAGUAUUAAGACGUGCCACGGCGAACACUCGGACCCGUCGUGUAUUGUACAAAGUAUUUGUUAUAUCGAAUCGAAAGUUAUAGAGCCUCGAAAGACUAAAAUAUUGUAAUACGAAAAUGUACAGUGAGUGUUAUAUAGUCAGUGGACACAAAAGUAUAUUGAAAAGAAGAUGAAGUUAUCAAUAAACGACGCGU